AUGUCUGGCAGCGGGGCAAGAGAGGCCGUCUUCGCGACGCGGCAGUCGCUGGGUCUGAUGAAGGGCAAGCUCAAGGGCGCCCAGACCGGCCACGACCUGCUGAAGCGAAAGAGUGAAGCCUUGACCAAGCGCUUCCGAGAAAUAACGCGCCGUAUCGAUGAGGCCAAGCGCAAGAUGGGCAGGGUCAUGCAGGUCGCUGCUUUCUCCCUCGCCGAAGUUACCUACGCCGUUGGUGGUGACAUUGGCUAUCAGAUUCAAGAAUCCGCAAAGCAAGCCCGCUUCCGCGUACGGACGAAACAAGAGAACGUCUCCGGUGUCUUCCUCCCGCAGUUCGAAAGCUUCACUGUCGAGCAGAACAACGACUUCGCCCUGACGGGUUUGGGCAAGGGUGGUCAGCAAGUACAAAGAUGCAGAGAGACGUACGCAAGAGCGGUCGAGACUUUGGUGGAACUGGCUAGUCUACAGACUGCCUUUGUCAUAUUGGACGAAGUUAUCAAGGUGGUCAACCGCCGUGUAAACGCCAUUGAGCACGUCAUCAUCCCCCGAACCGAAAACACCAUUAAAUACAUCAACUCUGAGCUUGACGAGCUCGACCGAGAGGAGUUCUACCGCCUGAAGAAAGUGUCCAACAAGAAGCAGAAAGAUGCUGCCGAGGAGGAAGCCGCAAGGGUGGCGGCGAAGAAGAAGAACGAGGAGACGGAGAGUGAGGCGCGAGAAGAUGCUGCCGAGAGCAAGGACAUGCUGGGCGACGAGGACAACGAAGAUGUCAUCUUCUGA